UGAGCCCGCCCGCCCCAUACCUGUCCUCCCUCCGCUGGCUCAGCCCUGGUCACUCCCUUGCCUCUGCCCCAACCCAGCAAAUUUUCAAAUCUUGUUUCACCCCGAAGGGUGCUGGUCCCUGUCCGGCCUCACCUGGCUAGCGCCGCCCCCCCCCCCACAUUGGUGUGCCCAGCCACCCCAGCCCCAUGAGGGGCAGCAGCAGGCAGAGGCCAGAGCAGGGCACCUUCAUGGAGCAGGUGCGAGAGUGCCGAGACCGGGGCUACCUGCUCUCCUCCAAGAAGAUCGGCUCGGGGGCCUUCUCCAAGGUCUACCUGGCCCACGCCACCCACGAGCGUAUUCAGCACAACCCCCGGCUGGCCUCCGACCUGCGGGGCAAGCGCCAUACCAUGGUGGCCAUCAAGAUUGUCUCCACCGCAAACGCCCCAGUGGAAUUCUCCCACAAGUUCCUACCCCGGGAAAUCUCAUCGCUUAACGCCACCUACAAGCACCUGAAUGUGGUGCAGCUGUACGAGACCUACCAAAGCAGCCAGCACUCCUACCUGGUGCUGGAGCUGGCGGCGCGGGGCGACCUGCUGGAGCACAUCAAUGCUGUGUCCGACCGCCGCCACCACCCGGGGCUGGAGGAGGAGGAGGCACGCAGGCUGUUCUGGCAGCUGGUCAGCGCCGUGGCCCACUGCCACAGCUCGGGCGUCGUGCACCGGGACCUCAAGUGUGAGAACAUCCUGCUGGAUGACCAGGGCUUCCUCAAGCUGACGGACUUUGGCUUCGCCAGCCGGGUGAGGCUCAAGAGCGCGAUGCUCAGCACCUUCUGCGGCUCAGUGGCCUACACGGCCCCGGAGAUCCUCAUGAGCAGGAAGUACAACGGGGAGCAGGCUGACCUGUGGAGCCUAGGCGUCAUCCUCUACGCCAUGGUGACGGGGAAGCUGCCCUUCAAGGAGCGCCAGCCUCACUGCAUGCUGCGCCUGAUGCGCUGCGGCCCCACCUUCCGGCCAGGCCUGUCCUCAGACUGCCGGGACCUGAUCCGAGGGCUGCUCCAGCUCCGCCCGCACUCCCGCCUGGGCUUGCAGCAGGUGGCCGCGCACCGCUGGAUGCUGCCCUCCGCGCACGGGCUCUUCCGCACCGUGCUCCGCCCCGCGCCGGAGGCCUCUGGGUCCCCAGGCUGGGCAAGUGAAUGGACACGGUCCCUGGCGCCCAACCUGCACCGGCAGCCAGAGACGUGGUGCGCGGCAAAGAAGCCAGCCAAGGGCCAGCUCCCUGGGCCCUGCGAUGACGUGGAGCCCGGAGCGGACUCGGAUUCCCCUGGGGGACUCCUGGGCCUGCGCCACCCCCCGCAGCAGGACGCCCCUGGCGAGAGCACCUCGAGCCCGGGGAGACAGGGUGCAGGGUGGGCAGGGCCGGGUGCCCUCCGGCAGCCGCCGUCGCUAUGCUCCAUGUCCGCCAUCGGGAGUGUGCCUGGGCACCAUCUGGUCAACUGA